CCGUCUCCCCCUGCCCCUCCUCACCUUCCCCACCUACUCACCUCACCCAAAUCCAGCCUGCGAUCGAGCCCGAGCACCCCUCCUCCCAGCCAUGGCAAACCCCUGCGCCGCCCUCGACCCCACCUGGGCCCACCUCCCCGCGCCGGCCCCGACCCACGUCGCCGCCAGCCACUACUGCCUUUUCCCCGCCGCCGCCUUCGAGAACGAGGCGCUCACCUCCGCGCUCCGCGCCUCCAUGGCGCCCGCCCACGCCGCCGCCGCCGCCAAGUCCUUGGUCUCCCCGGCAGUUCCGUCCUCCUCGACCUCCUCCGCCUCUGAGAUCCUCUCCAGCGGCCACGACGCGCCGGCGCCGGCGUCCAGGCCUCCUGCUGCUGGCCGCCCGCCGGCCCGGGCCUUGAAGGGACCAAAAGUGGGCCGCGUCAGCAAGCGCAAGCCCCGGCCGUCGCGGCGCGCGCAGACCACCUACAUCACCGCCGACCCGGCCGACUUCCGCCGCAUGGUACAGGAGAUCACCGGCCUCCCCGUCCCCGGGCCCGCAUCCUCCUCCCCCGCUGCCUCGGGGGCCGCCGCCGCGCCCAGCUGGACGCCCGCACCCGCGCCCUUGCUUCCGACGCUGGACACGUCCGCGUUCCUCCUCGACGCUUCACGGCGGAGCCGCGGCGGUGCCGGAGUACAAGUGCUCGAUCGGGUGGUUGCUUUGCUGCAGUAGUGGAGUAGCAGUCAUUUGCUCUUUCUAGCUUGUCAGCCAUCUGUUAGAAAAGUUUUCGGUCCGUCCGAUGCGAGGAUCGGACGGCUGUCGGUUGAUGCCUCGAUGAUGCCCGUGGUGUCCUAGCUAGCAUCCAUGGAGUUUUUGCAUGCCAUGUAAAGCAAGUAGUGUUAGGAUAGUAGCGCCGUGGUUCUGUUGCUUUGUGACAUGGCUGGUUGCCAUGGUUCCUUCUUCCAGUUGGUUAAAUAUAGGAUUAUGCUAAUUAUUCUCUCUAAUCGAAUCUAAUGCAUGGCGCCU